GCAAGGCGUAUGAGUGCAUCUGCCUACUUUCAAAAGGCAUCAUCCAGAGUGGCCGAACCGUAUUGAUUUGGUCGUUCAUCAUGCCUCCCCGAAUACACCUUCCGUUUCAAUUUCGAUCAAUUUCCGUCCCUUCAACAUCUUCAGGUCCCGCAGUGCCCGCGGGUCUAGAGCGAUGCUUUUCAACCUCCCUUAACCUGAAUGCGCCGGGGCAGCAGAAGCGCAAGCACCGAGACCCUUAUGCAUUGGCUCAAGCACGCCAGAGAAAGGCUGCCAAUCUAGCGCGCCAGGAGGUUCUCAAGAAGGAGAGAGCAGCAUCACUUGGCGAUCCCGUCCGGGGCUUAACGACCAGAUUUGUCCAAUCUUUCGAUCAUACUGUUCCAGGGCCCAUUCAACCAACCUUCCAAUCGACUUCGCGCAAUAAGCAAGAGCCAUCCGUUAAGGAGUCAAUGAGGGGAGCUGAUGACAAAACUCAUCUCAACCACUUUGUCUCUCCUGACCAGCUCGAUAAGGCCCUAAAAUAUUCACACCUGCUGACGCAGCCUGUGAUAUCGACCGAUGCAUCAGUUUCAGACCCCGUUCGGGAUGAAGAAAAGGCACGCGAGCACAAGCACUGGCAUGCAAAUGCUGAAACUGCUAUCUCACGCAUUGUCAGCUUAGCGAAUGGAAGCAGCAAAGACCGCCUUCGAGUGAAUAUUCAAAGAUGUGUCGACAUGUUUGGUCGCCACAAUACAGACAGAAUACUGGCUCCCAAACCCGCCGUCAACUUCAGGACAGGUCUCUCGCUUCCUCCGCUUCAAGAGAAGACUCCACGCGCCGGACCAGACACUGGCUCCUCUGAAGUUCAGAUUGCGAUCCUCACCGCCAAAAUAAGGGCGCUCGCAAACCAUCUUACGACCAUCGGCCGGCCGGACAAGGUCAACAAGCGCAAUCUGCGGCUCCUUGUGCACAAGCGACAGAAGCUUCUCAAGUACUUGCGACGCAAGGAACGCGGUGGAGAACGGUGGCAGAAUAUUGUACACGAGCUCGGGCUCACCGAUGGAACGUGGAAGGGUGAGAUCAGUCUAUGAGAGAGCGGUAGAGUAAAACUUUCUGGAACAAAACAUCGUCACAUGUACUACUAUUUUCCUUCUGGAUAGAGCUAAUUUAGCAUUCGCACUUGAGAGUACGUACUUUUAUCUCCAAGUUGUCUGAGAAGCUACUUCAAACAUGUUCCUUUUUUCCCUCACACGUUGAUCUAGCUUCCGCUCGAACC